AUGCUAUGGUUCAGUUCUAAAGCACCUGCUUCUUACUUGGCUGAGCAUUCUGAUUGGAUUGGAUUGCAGCAGAGACCCAUAAACACCAGAACCAGAACCAGUGUACUUCUCGUGAAGAGCCUUCCGAUGAUUCCUUCCCUCGGCACUCUCCUCGCCGGAGUUCGCCGGAGCCGCCAUGCCAUUGCCAAGACCACACCUGUUUCCGCUCUCGCUGCCCUCCUCUUCCUCGCAGCCGCCACAUUCUGGCUCCUCUUCCUCGGGCCUCUCGGAUCGCCCAACACCACCUCGUCGUCCGGCGCCGACACCCACGGCAUGGGCGCCACCGCGUGCGAUACCACGCUGGGCGAGUGGGUCCGCGACCCCACCGGCGCGCGGCCGCACUACACCAACGCGACGUGCGCCUUCAUCCAGGACUACCAGAACUGCAUGAAGCACGGCAGGCCCAGCCUCGAUUUCCUGCAGUGGAGGUGGCGCCCCGACGGCGGCCCGGGCUGCGAGCUCCCGCGCUUCGACGCGGCGCGCUUCUUCCGGAUCGUUCGGGGCAAGUCGAUCCUGUUCGUCGGGGACUCGCUGGCCAGCAGCCACGUCACCUCCCUCAUGUGCACCCUGUCGGAGGCGGAGAUCCCGACGAGGCGGAGCGCCGAUGGGUUCGAGCACUGGCGCUUCCCGGCGCACGACUUCGCCGUCUCCUUCUUCUGGACGCCGUUCCAGGUCCGGUGGCGCCUGACGAGCGGCCCGCCCGAGGCGGUCGGCCCCGACCGGCAUGGGGAGGUGUUCGCCGGGCCCAGCGACCUCCACCUCGAUGAGCCCGACGAGCGGUGGAUGCCCGCGGCCAAGGAGCACGACUACGUGGUCGUGUCCGCGUCGCACUGGUUCGCGCGCCCGGCCGUGUACUACCGCCGUGGCCGCGCCGUCGGCUGCCACGGCUGCGGCACCACGAACGGCAACAUCACCGCGCUCCCACCGCGGUACGCGCAGCGCGCGGCGUUCCGCACCGUGCUGCGGGCGCUCGCGGAACUCGACGGGUUCAAGGGGACGGCGAUCCUGCGGACGGUGGCGCCGACGCACUACGCGAACGGCGGGUGGUUCGACGGCGGGGAGUGCCCGGACACGCAGCCGCUCGACCGGGACGAGGCGGCGGACAUGGAGGAGCCGGAGGGCGGGUUCUACAGGGCCCAGCUGGAGGAGUUCGGAGCGGCGGAGGAGGAGGCGAGGAAGAACGGCGUGCGGCUCAGGCUGAUGGACGUGACCCGGAUCAUGCUGCGGCGUCCGGACGGGCACCCCGAUCGGUACGGACACGGCGCCGGCGACCACGGCGGCUUCGACAUCGACUGCCUGCACUGGUGCUUACCCGGACCGAUCGAUGUGUGGAACGAGCUGCUGCUUCAUAUCAUGGCCGGUUAG